AAAACAAUUACGAUUGGGGGAAAUCAUGAUACGAUCUGUAUUCGCCUUGAGACAGUAACAAAUACAUUUCAAAUACUCCAAAUAUUCCCUCUUGACAAUCCUUGUCAUUAAAAUUGCUGACGAGAUUGUAAAGAAUACCAGAAUGUGAACCAAAACACCAACGGUAACAACUUUUUUACUAUUAAGAUUGAAGGGCGCCACCAUGUGUGUCUUGUUUGCGGUGACCAUAGACAUCACAUUGCACACAUACGCAUGAUGUCUUGUGUUUUGUGUUUUGGGAAGUUGUAAAACUUAGUGUCAAAAGAUUACUUUUAAAGAUUCUUUAGUGUGAUUCAAUAUGCGCAAGAUGUGCAACGCCUGUAGAUGAGAAAAUAUACAUGGAGUUAUUACUUGGGUUCCAUUACUUCCAUCAAUUCAAGAAGAGUAAGGUGGCUGAACAGAGUUGUUCAAUAAAAUGAGUAAUUUGAGCAGUCCCACUGGGUCCAGCACCGACUUCUACAAGUUGAUGGGCUUCAUCAAAGAAACGCCUCCUCCAAGCAAGGCAGGCAAUUCCCCUAGCACUAGCACAAGCAGUGAAUCCAACAAACUUGUGGGUGUUGUUAAGGAAAAGCCCCAUCUGCCUGAGGGAUGGAUCGUCAAACAAUCUAACUCCUAUCCUGAUAGGGUGUACUAUUUCAACGUCUUAACUGGCACCACUACUUGGAAGAUGCCUGAAUUGAGUUCAAGCGAUGACACAUCCAUCUCAACAGCUGAAAUCAGUAACCCAUCAAGACAACCCACUCGCAAGGAAUCAAAGUCGGCUUCUGUUGUCUCGCUAAACGCCUGUAGCAACAAACCUUUAGCCAAGACCAGACAACUGAGAAUCAAGAUUCCUAGUGAUCAAGGAAUCAGAACUGAAAACCGGAUACCAAGUGUCAGGAUGCGCAUUGAGAAAUACAGAACUGACCAGAGGCAGAGUCUGUAUAAACUUGGACAGAAGGGGAGUGAAAUAUCCCAAGGAACCAAAGAUGGCAAGGUAAAUCCCCAGCAGUUUAAGGAUUCCAGAAGUGAGCAUGUCAAUAAAAGAAGACAUCUGUCGAAUGAAACUGUAGCCAACCCUUGGCCGUCACCUCCGUGGGGUAUACCAAUAGGGACUGGCCGUCUACCAGGGACAUACACUAGUACCUCAACUCCUGAGUCACUGAAUCAGAGCUUAAUUCCAAGCCAGGGUGGUCCCUCAGAUUUAAGCUCAAUAUCAUCAGGUUCAAAGAUGGAAACUGCAAUCUAUCCUCAUUCAAGUAAGGGAAAGAAAAAAAAGAAACGAACUAAAUUGCAAUUAUCAGUAGACAAUCAGCCUCCUACGCAAUCUUCUGCAAAUCUCCUGAAUAAGCUACCAGAACAAGUCUUGACUCAGUCGCAAAACUGUCUUCGAAUAACAGGGAAGAAGCCUUCAGUGAGUAGUCUUUCAUCAUCUGACAAGGAAAGUCUGAAUAACACCAAGGUGCAACAACUCUCAGUGCCUGAUCUCCCAAGAGAGUUGAAGAGAGAUAGAAAGUUUGUUAACAAGUCACAUCAAGGGGUGGAAUAUUGGCUGGAUCCAAGCCCCCCGAUCCCAACCCCUGACUCCCAGGCAACCUCCUCUCUCCAGAGUCUUCCACAAAAGAAGAGGAAGAAGAAAUCUCAGAAAGAGCCAACCACAACCCCACCACUGACACCAAAUCAAGAGGAUGAUUCUCUGUCUCUGAUGGAAAUUGACUUCCCAAACCAGCAAGAUGAGAUGAUCAACACAGAAACCAAAGCAAACUGCAAAGCAAAGCCGAGUGUCCAUGUGGUUAUAGACACAAACAUCUGGAUGGGUGAUAUGCAUUUUGCUAGGACACUCUUUGACAAGUCUAUCAGUGGAUUGGGGAAUGUUGUAUUUGUCGUCCCCUGGGUUGUCAUGCAAGAACUGGACAGGCUCAAGAAUGAGACUAGCGGCCGAACUGGAAGUAAAGCAAUACGUUUUCUGCACAAGUGUUUCACAAGUGGCCAUCCAAGGGUCAUAGGUGAACCUAUGAGAAAGGUGACUGAAGAGGCGGAGUUUGAGAUUACAUGCAAUGAUGAUUGGAUACUACAAUGCUGUCUUAAGUAUCAGAAAAAAGUUGGUCAUGAUCUGGUUGUCUUGCUAAGCAAUGAUAAACAUCUAUGCAGUAAAGCUAUCAUCAGCCACAUCAAGGCCUUCAGUGCAGAGACUCUGCUUCCAGCUUUAGAGUCAUUAGCGACAGUACUUCAGCAACGGCACCCAUUCCUGACCCAAUCUCCACCACUCGAUCAGACUCAUGACGGAAACCUCCUAUCGGCUAGGGAAACUCAAUCUCCGCUGUAUCAAGGCCAUGAAGGAAACCUCCUAUUGGCUGGGGAGACUCAAUCUCCACUACUUGCUCAAAGUAAUGGGGGAAGUUUUCUAUUGGAGCACAACUCUCCUAGAGUGCAGUCUCCCGUUGAGUCACCAAUAUCAGAUGAAGCAGAGAAAGAACUGUGUAAUAAGUUAGCCUGUGAUUUAAAAGAGGUUCUUCAAAGUGGACUAUCUGAGGUACUUCAGACAGAGAUGAAAUCAGCAUAUCAAGACCUCUGGCUGGAGAUUGUCCUAAAGAAACCACCCUGGACAUUCAACGAUGUAAUGCAGUGUUUUGACAAACACUGGAUGGCUGUCUUUGGGAUGUUUCUAAACAGAGAAGACAAGAGGCGCUUCCAGCAGCUUUAUGAAAUGACUGAAAAUCAUCACAUGGGAUUGCAGAAAAUAAAGCAGCUGAUUAAUAGCAGUAUUUUCUUUUGUCGAAGACUUCAACAGCGUUGUAGUUACAACAACAAGGUUCUGCAGUCCAUCAUACGGCUUGGCGAGCUUAAGAAACAGAGCCAACUUCCACUUGAAACAAAAGAUACAGUCAAUGAGGAAGUAGUCUUUGAAGUUUUCCAGACUGUUUGGAUAAAAAUCCGCCAGCUUAGUGCAUUAAUCUUUGAGGGUCUUGGUGUCCCCCAUGAUCUGGAGACAGACAGGACGGUUGGGGUUCCAACACCAGAAGAAUGUCUCAAUUGCCUGCAGCUUCUAUGCCAAAUGCUGGAUCAGAUCACCAAGAGUCUACAAAGGAUUCUGCAGAUACCUGAUUCUUGUGUGUUAAUGCAGUCAACACCCUUCAAGCAUCUAUGUACAGUACUUCACAGCUUCCUACAUGAAUUCAUCUCGCAGGACAAAGACAAGUUUUCAGGUCUGACCAAUUCUUCGCUUCAGAGGUUUGUAUUGGUCUCCAAGAAUAAGCAAGUCCUGCAAAACGGCAUCGUGCAAUUCACUGAGACUCUGACCAAGCUUGUUGAGUGCAAGAGUGCCUUUUCAUGACCCCCUGAAGAGCCAAAGAACUUCAGUGACUGACGUAAGUUUAAUGGAAGUCAAGAUCUAAAGCAUAUGAUGGUUGUGGGAUCAACAGAUUCAUUGGUGUCUGGUUGGUGUCCUGAUCUAUGGGUUUACCAGUUGAGUGAUAUGAUUGGUUGAGUUAGUGCUCUACACUUUGCAUUGCACUACACCCAGAGCGUGAUACCAGCUUGACGGUUAAAAGGGUCCUAAAGGUAAUUUGCAUUGAUGUUUUAUAGCGUAUGACCCCUUUCAUAGCCAUGGCUUGGUCUUCAGCUCAAGCUCAGGCUGGACUUUAGACUGUGUCUAGGCUAAGUUAAAGGAUUGAGCUCUGGCCCGUCCCAUGUCUAUAGUUGAAGGAUUAAGCUCUGGCCCAACCCAUGUCUAUAGUUGAAGGAUUAAGCUCUGGCCCGACCCAUGUCUAUAGUUGCCUGAAAAAAAUCAUAUGAAACCAACACAACCAAAACUGAGACUGUGCCAAAACACACUUGGACAUUGCACAUAAGACCUUGUGUUUCAGUCUUACAAGUAGCAUACUCUUAUCUGCUCUCCUCCCUCCUCCCCUCAAAACCUGUUUUCCUUUGUUUAUUCAUGACUUGUAUUUAUUUGUGUACAUUUUGUUAAAUAUUGAAGUACUUUAACAGGAUGAUAAAGAACUAGGUGAGUGUAAGCACCUUAUACAUGUAUUAUACAUAUGAAGAUAUUUAUUUUUGAAAUGUUACAUCACAAUUCGUGUAUUAUUUUUGAGAAAUAAUCCUGAAUCUUUCAAAUUAGCAAUUAUUAUUACUAACUCUUACAUUGUUUUCAUUAAUCAGAUGUACGUCCCACAACUUAUGUUAUGAUAUGUUUACACAGGGCUCAAAUUAACAAUGAACCGCAGGCUUGAGGCCAGUGAUUUUAGCAAAGGACCUUUAAACUCAUGAACUGACAAGCCUGGUGGUCUUUUGUUUUUUUAAUUGAAUAAUGAUUGGCUACCUCAUUGUUUUUGAAAAGGAAUUGACUAUGAAUUAGAUAAUAUGGUUCACUUCUCUUGAGUAACAAAGUGUGUUUUAUACCACAAGGCAAAUGAGAUAGAUCUUGUCUUAGCGCUUGUUCAACUCGGUUUGAUUUUGGUCUUGUAAAAUAAACUCUGGUCAAGUAAAACCUUUGAGCUACAAGCCUUGCAGUCAUAUGGAUUUGCCCCAAAUUUGAGCCCUGAUAUAUUAUAUAUAAACACACUGUUUGUGUACUUUUGGGGUUAGUUAAGAUUGGGAAGCGGCCUGUUCAAGCAGCACAUAGAAAAUAAUUUAGGGAAAAUAGAUCUUUGCAACUGUUGAGAGCCUUUUAGAAUGUUUAAUUUAUACAUUCACUCAAAAGAGAUUUUAGAAUUAAAAAUGGAAGCACCCAGAAAAUGAAGAGGCUAAAACAAUGAAGGUAACGACAGUUGCCUAAAAGUAAAGAUAUUGAUUUUAUAUAGUCGCCAAAGCAGUUUUUAAAUGAAUGAGCCAUUUUAAAGAGGAAUAGUUGGACCAUCGAUUUUAAGUACCGUGAUUGUUUAAAACGAUCAGUUUAUCAAAAUCUUACUUUGAUUAGAAAAUUGAGUUUGGAAUGUUCGUUGACACAAUCUUGACUCUAUAAAAAAUACUUCAUUUGUUUUCCAGUCUUUGUUAAAUAACGACCAUGAAACAAAGUAAACUGAAUCACAUUCUAAUUAUAACUCCUGUUUCGUGGAGAGAUUCAUUGUUUUGCGGUCUCCAAUUGCGAUUAGCAAUUACACCAGAAAUAUGGAUGUAGGUAGACACUAGGUGUUCCAGAUGUAUAAAGAGUUGAAUAAACAUCAAGUGUUAACACAUACACUUUCCACAGUCAGUGGAACGCCAAACUCCCUUUCAUAUUGGCUGAAUACCACAAGAUGUGGCCAAACAUAAUAUCAUCUCAAGUUUCAACUUCUGAGGUCAACAUGGGGUCAUGUCAGUAAUACUAUUGCUGUGUUUUUCAAAACUAUAUAUGACUAAGAUGUGAAUGUGAGACAAUAGACGCAGAUGUGAAAAUUGUAAAUUAACUGUUCAUGACUGGUAUGAAUUUUUAAAAACAUUACACUAUAAAUUAACAUAAUUUGACAACUGAUGACCUCAUCAUAACGUCACAAAAACAAGUUUCAAUCAAUCAUUCUCCAGUCACGAAAAAAGAAGUGAAGAACAAGGUUUUCAAGUUUUGCCUGAACACAUAAAUGAUCACACAAACAAGUCUGCACAAACACACAGUUGUAAAACGAAUUGUAUAAACAGUGUGUAAGUGUUUACUCUGUCGAGAAAAUAAUAUGACACAGUUUCAUUCCCAAAGCCUGUGGGAGCUAAGAACAAAAUGUUACUACUUUUAUUGAACUGAAAUUAUUUAAACACAUUGUGGGUUAUGUCAACUUUUUGCACAAUAAGUAAUCACUUGUAGUUAUUCCUGAUUAAUACAAUAUUGUAUUUGUAAAAUGCCAAGUUUUAGCUGGCCUUUUGCUAGCGACCACAUUGUUUAAAGCUUGAUAGAAUUAUUACCGAAAUCUGAAUUGUUUCAUAAUUUUGUUAACUUUGGGUAUAAACCAAGAAAUACCAGAGAAUUUUCCUGAACAAUGUGGUUGAAGACGUGAUACCUUUGUUGUCUGUUGCGGUGUAUGUCUUUUUGGCCUAUUAUAAAGAAACGUUGAUGCUAGUUUUGGAAUAGGCCCUAUACUUUCGUAGAAAACUGGGGAUUUGUUUCUGGAGGUUUCAGUGGUGCUAUGGGACAAGUGGGCAACAACGUUCACAUUGUAAUAAUUAUUUGCAAAUCUUUGCAGAUUAUUCAUAGGUUCAAACCAUGUCCAUGGAUAUGUUGCGUAUCUGAUUUUGAACUGAGUUUUUGUGACCAAUGUCUUAUAGACCGUUUUCAAAUGUCUUUAACUUUCAUUUGGGUUCACAUUAUAUACGGAAGGGUAGGAUGCCUGAAUUGAACCAGGUUUUGUUUUUGUUUGUUGUCAAUAUGCGUAUGAAAUUGUUUGUCUCGACGUAGAAUA